GCAGCACUUCGUUUGGCCACUUUUGAUGACGUCAUUAGAAGCGACGAGGAGACGGCGCGUUAGCAUGCUGUGCUAAAUGUGGUGGAAUAUUGAGGUUUCUCGCUCCCGUUUGGAAUUUAAUCACAGGUGAACCAAUGUCUCUUUACGAUGAUUUGGGGGUCGCUACCAGUGACGCCAAGACUGAAGGAUGGUCGAAGAACUUCAAACUGCUUCAGUCGCAGCUGAAAGUGAAAAAAGCUGCUCUGACACAAGCAAAGACGCAGAGGAUGAGACAAUCCACUGUUUUGGCUCCAGUUGUUGAUCUCAAGAGAGGAAGUGACGAGCGGCAGAUUCCAGACACACCCCCACAUGUAGCAGCAGGGCUGAAGGACGUACCAGGUGGCUUUUCUGCAGGUGAUGUCCUAAUCCCGCUCCCGGAUGAGUAUGAUCCCAUGUUCCCAAAUGACUAUGAGAAAGUGGUGAAAAGACACAGGGAGGAACGUCAGAGGCAGAGGGAACAGGAGCGGCAGAAGGAGAUCGAAGAGAGAGAGAAGAAGCGAAAGGAGCGUCAUGAAGGAUCGGCCCCCAGUGGUUUCUCACGUUUCCCCACAGAGGCAGAUUCAGAUGAGGAUGAGGAGUAUGAGAAAGAGAAGAGGAAGAGGAGUAUGGGUGGUGCUGCUAUUGCCCCUCCAACGUCUUUAGUGGAAAGGGACACAUCCUACUCAUAUGAUGAGGAGGGUCGUCAGAGAUCUAAAGCAGCAAUCCCGCCCCCUGUUUAUGACGACUCAGAGAGACCCCGCUCUCCGCCAGGACCCACCAGCUCCUUCCUGGCUAACAUGGGGGGGACGGUGGCUCAUAAGAUCAUGCAGAAGUAUGGGUUCCGUGAGGGUCAGGGUCUGGGAAAGCAUGAGCAGGGUUUGAGCACGGCUCUGUCGGUGGAGAAGACCAGCAAACGUGGCGGGAAAAUCAUCAUCGGAGACUCAACGGAAAAGAAUUCAGGAUCCAGUCAGAGUGCGGCUGACACACCUGGGUCUAAUUCGGGAGCAUCAGCAGACCCGUCAAAGAAGAACGAGGUCAACCCACUGACAGAAAUCCUCAAAUGUCCUACGAAGGUGGUUCUAUUGCGGAAUAUGGUGGGAAGAGGAGAGGUGGAUGAAGAUCUGGAGGCGGAGACCAAAGAGGAGUGUGAGAAAUACGGCAAGGUGGUGAAAUGUGUUAUAUUUGAGAUCUCGGAUGUGACGGAUGAUGAAGCAGUGAGGAUAUUCUUGGAGUUUGAACGUGUUGAGUCAGCAAUUAAAGCUGUGGUGGAUCUGAACGGAAGGUAUUUUGGAGGUCGAGUGGUGAAGGCCUGCUUCUACAACCUGGACAAAUUCCGUGUGCUGGACCUGGGGGAGCAGGUGUAGUCACCUGACCAGCGUCCCGUCUCUCACUUUAGUUACGUCAGUGAAAACAGUGAAAGUCCGUUUCCUCCUCCGCUCUGUAUAUAGCAUCAAUAGUUUUUAUAUGCCCUGAUCACAGUGUCUGCUGUCGAACUGUCAAAUUGAUUUUUUGUUUUUGAUAAUUUGUUGAUUUGAUUUCCUGUAUCAGUUAAAUGUGUACUGAACAUCUCUUCCUGUGUCUCUUUGGAAAAGAAACAUUAGCAUGUUGUACAAAAACCUGGAAAUAAACUGUGUAUUUUGGAAAUCUA